CAAUGGCGGCUUUCGCCCGUUGGUUAAGUCUUUCAACCGGAAGUGUGAGCCGCCGACCCCUCCCCUCUCCCUCGGCGCGUGAACCUGGAUGAACUCUCAGCCGAGGGUGCCUGAGAGGAGGAGGAGGAAGGCGGAAGAAAGGGAUGGCCGGGGCCGUGUGCGCCUGCGCGGGAGCGGUGCAUGCUGGGCGCGGCCGGCCAGUCUCUCGCCCCGCCCCGCCCGCGCUCCUUUUCUUCCCGCGGUGACUUUGCACUUACCGGGCGUGUUGCCGCCGCCGCCAGGAUGGUCGGGGUGAAGGUGAUCGCCAACGACGCGGACUUUCAGAGCGAGCUCAGCGCCGCCGGCUCCCGGCUAGUCGUGGCCAAGUUCACCAUGAGGGGAUGUGGCCCAUGUUUAAGGAUAGCCCCUGCUUUCAACGCUCUGAGCAAUAAAUAUCCCCAAGCGACAUUUUUAGAAGUUGAUGUGCAUCAAUGCCAGGGAACAGCUGCAACCAAUAAUAUAUCGGCAACCCCAACAUUUCUUUUCUUCCGGAGCAAAGUGCGCAUCGACCAGUAUCAAGGUGCCGACGCUGCUGGAUUGGAAGAGAAAAUCAAACAGCACCUAGAAAAUGAUCCUGGAAAUAAUGAGGAUACCGAUAUUCCAAAAGGAUAUAUGGAUUUGAUGCCAUUCGUUAAUAAAGCUGGCUGUGAAUGCCUUAAUGAAAGUGAUGAACACGGGUUUGAUAACUGUUUACGUAAAGACUCUACCUUCCUGGAAUCAGACUGUGACGAACAGCUGCUUAUUACGGUAGCUUUUAAUCAGCCUGUCAAGCUUUAUUCUAUGAAGUUUCAAGGGCCUGAUAAUGGUCAAGGUCCAAAGUAUAUAAAAGUGUUUAUCAACCUCCCUCGAUCAAUGGAUUUUGAAGAGGCAGAAAGAAGCGAACCCACUCAGGCCCUGGAGUUAACGCCAGAUGAUAUCAAAGAAGACAGUAUUAUCCAACUCCGCUAUGUAAAGUUUCAGAAUGUUAACAGUGUAACUUUAUUUGUCCAGUCCAAUCAAGGUGAUGAGGAAACGACGAGAAUUUCAUAUUUCACAUUUAUUGGAACACCAGUCCAAGCAACAAACAUGAAUGAUUUUAAGCGGCAUUUCCCUGGCCCAAAGAAAUAAAAAUGCAGAAGAUUUCUGUUUCUUAAAUGGUCUUUCCUCACACCGCCCCUUUCCCCUGCUCCUUCCACUCAUCUAGCAUCUGCCUUCUCCUUUCCAUCGCUUGGGGCACCAUCACAUCCUGCUCUGCGACGGUUUUCCUGGGUCUCUUUGCUUUUUUUUAUCCCUCUUUCUCAUGGACUUCUCUUUGUUUUUAAUAUACCAUUUUUUAACAUAUAUAAAAAAAAUCUUCUUUUGCACACCGUUUUUGUCCCGCCCACCCCAAAAAACCAUCUCAUUCUGUUAUUAGAUGCUUCAGAAAUUCACCUGACAGCACAUUAUUUGCAGCUUUGCAUUCUCUAUUCACUGUGAGUAACGGAGUUCAAAGAGGUCUGCUGUGUUCUCAACUGCAACUCUGGUCUGGGUGACCUGUGGCUAAAGUUUUCCUGAUAGGGAUUUUUUUCCAGCUCCUGCACUUGCCUUGAAGACUCUUCAACACAAUGAGGUUUUUCUGUCUCUCAAGGUUGAGCUGCCCUCUAAUAUGUUGUAUGAAGCUGCCUCAAACAGAAUCACCAUGGGGCCUUCUUAGGCCAGUGUUGGUUGUCCGCUCUUGCACCAGCUCUCCGAGAUAAUCGUGCAGAGAAGAUCCAGGCACUGAAACGGCGAUGCUACGUGUUAACCGUGUGCUCUGUUCACAUGUGUCAUGGGCUCCCUCCAAGGCAACCUGUGCCCUACAUCCCUGCAAUCUGGACCCAUGGUUCAAUCCGCUGAGAGCCAGUUUUGCAACUGUGUGUUUUGAAAUACGAUGCAGCAGCUGGUGUGAAAACUGAAUGGGAUGGUCCAUCUUAGGGUUCACGCUGCCGCUUCAAAAAUGAUUGAGCAAUUUAGAUCUUAUCUGUGGUGGACACAUUCAAGUGAAGUAAUGAAAAAUGAGGUGGUAUCUCGGCUGGAGUAUUGCAGUGGUGAAUGCUGCCUUAUCAAUGCUGCCUUCUUAAUCUAAUGAGGAAGAGUGAGCCCAGUUCCUUGAUGAAAGAAUCCUACACUGUAC